GGGUUAAUAUAGUUUUGGCUUAGUUGACUUCCGGGUUAAUUUUGCAACUUCAAAACAGAAAGCCGAGGUGCUUUCCUCCGUUGUCGUUCGCUUCCAUGGCCACCGCGAUCCUCAUCGCCGCGGUCGUCGGUGGCGGGGUCCUGCUCGUCUUGCGCCGCUUGUUCCCCCGACAGAACGCCGUCGAGAUGCGCCGUUACCCUGCUGGCCUGAUGCGAGGAAAGACGGUGAUCGUGACCGGAGCUAACUGCGGCAUCGGGAAGGCCCUAGCCGGGGAACUGCUGAAACUCCAGGCCCGGGUCAUCAUGGCCUGCCGGGACCUGCGGAGUGCCACCGAGGCGGCCCGGGACCUCCGGGGACAGUCGGGAACAGAGCUCGGGGUGGUGGUCAUCAAGCAUUUGGACCUGGCGUCGCUUACAUCGGUUCGUAAAUUUUGUCAAGAGAUUCAAAAGGAAGAGCCCAAGAUUGACGUCCUCGUCAACAACGCCGGCGUCUACCAGUGCCCCUACGCCAAGACGGAGGACGGUUUCGAAAUGCAGCUCGGUGUCAACCACCUGGGCCACUUCCUGCUCACCCACCUGCUGCUGGACCUCCUCAAGAGCUCCGCGCCCAGCCGCGUGGUCGUGGUCUCGUCCAAACUGUACAAGUACGGCCACGUCAACUUUGACGACCUGAACAGCGAGCGUAACUACAACAAGGCGUUCUGCUACAGUCAGAGUAAGCUAGCCAACCUGUUGUUCACCCUCGAACUGGCCCGCCGGCUGGAGGGCUCGGGAGUGACGGUCAACGCGCUCACGCCCGGCAUCGUGAGGACCAGGCUGGGCAGGCACGUCCGCGUUCCCGUCCCGGCCAAGCCGCUCUUCUACCUGGCGUCGCUGCUCUUCUUCAAGAGCCCGCUGGAGGGGGCCCAAACCCCUCUCUACCUGGCUUGUUCCCCGGAGGUGGAGGGCGUGUCGGGGAAAUGCUUCGCUAACUGCGAAGAAGAGGAGCUGCUAGCGAAGGCUACGGACGGACAGGCGGCCCAGAGGCUGUGGGAGGUGAGCAGGAAGUUGGUCGGACUGAAGGACUGAUUGGAUUUUUUUGUGCCCUCGGACUACCUUACAAAGCUAUUAAAAGUGAAAGACCACCUUGAGUAUCUAAUUAACACUGCAUUGAGCCGAGAAACUGUUCAAGGGUCCAUGAAAACAAAUGCUGACUUAUUUAUGUACGGUGCUCCCGCCAUUGAAAAUUGCAUGAACUACCGUAAUUCCCGGCCGACAGAGCGCACCUGGUUAUAAGCCUCACCCAGUACAUUUGGAAAGGAAAUAUCAUUCUGGACAUACGCAAGUGCCCACGUGGAAACACGAGAUAUUUAAAAAGAAAGACGAAACACAGAGUUUAACGCUAGCGCCGCCAAGCUCAUGCUAACGUUAACAAUAGUGCCGCGCUAACAGGGCCAGCUAAAAAAAAACAUACCAGUAAAAAUCCCUGAGACACGACAGUAACACACUAGUGCAGCACUAACAGGGCCGGACCGGUAAAACUCACUUCCUUGGCACAUAUAUUCCACCGGUCUCACUCUUACCUUUCCAGCUCCAAGUGCCCACAUUGAAACACAAGAUAUUUAAAAAGAAAGAUGGUACACAGAGAGUUUAACGCGAGGGCUGCCACGUUAACGCUAGCGACGCGCUAACAGGACCAGUUACUGAUAAAAAUCUAUGAGACACACCAGUAAUAAGCUAGCACAGCGCUAACAAGGCCGGACAAGCCUCAUUUGGUACAUACAUAUGCCACAGCUGUGUAAAAGCUGCAUGUGCCCACAUGGAAACGUGAGAUAUUUACAAAGAAAUGCAGUACAGAGUCUAAUGCCAACGCUAGCCUUGCGCUAACGCUAAUGCUAGUGCCACGCUAACAGGGCCAGUAAAAAAAAAAAAAAAAAAAACAACAUACUGUAAAAAUCACUGAGACACGGCAGUAACACGCUAGCGCAACGCAAACAAUGCCGGGACCGGUAAAAGUCACUUCCUCGGCGCAUAUAUUCCACCGGUCUCGCUCUUUCCUUUUCCGCUCGAGUGGCCCCCUGUGGUCGUUAGAAAAAAUGCACAAAAUAACCGCGUCGCCUUGCAUAAACCGCAAGGGUUGAACGCGUGCGGGAAAAAGUCACGUCUACAGGCCGGAAAUUACGGUAAUUGCCAUUUUUCACGCGUGAGGCUAAGCAAGGACAGCGCUAGUUUUGGGCCCAAAACUACAAACGGUGCCAUAUUUUUUUUUUGGGAAAUGCAAAAUGAAUGAUGAAUCUGGAAUACGCUUUGCAGAGAGGCCACCUCUUAAUAAAGGAAGAAUAUACAUUCGUUCAUACGUUCCUUCGGCUCUUAAUUGAAAAUGUAUUAAUUUAGUUUUUUUUUACAGCUGACUACUAUAUUAACGACCCAACUGCAGAGGCCUCCCUGCGAUGCAUCUUAACUGUCACAUUUUCAAAUUAGUAACUGUAAUUUAUGCAAAAAAAAAACAAAGGCGGGGGGUGGGGGAUUUUGGAAGCAAGACUCCUCAUAACGAACCGACUCACUUCAUCAAAACCGGGGCCGGGUCGCCGCAUUUCCCUCCGGUGAGGCCACAUUAUUGCUUCCGCCGAGAAACGCGAUGAAUGUGUUUUUGCAGCGUGGCAUUAAAGAGGUGAAAGAGGGCUUACCUUGUAUGUACUUUGUCCUCUUUGUGUACUAAGUGCCUUAUCGGCAGAAGCGGAACAAUAGGAGAGA